AGCCUUUCCCUGGCUGGCUGCUUGUGGGGCAGUGGUGGGGGGCACACACGAGGACCUUCCCCUCCUCACGAAGACCUAGAAGGGAAGAGCAACCCCCAGCGAGAUCCCCCUGUGCUGAUGAUUUUCAGGGACUUGUUGGCAACUCAGCGAGGGUUGCCAUAGCUUUUUUAUGUAGGGUGACCAGAACCGGCUGAAACUGGUUUGAGGCAGAUCAGCUCCUGAACACAAUGCAGUCACUGAGCUACUACAGUGGGAUAGCAGCUUCCUCCCUUCAUGGCAGCCAAAAGCAGAGGCGCUUGCAGGAAGGUACCACCCCAACACAGUAUGUGAAUGCACACUUAGACACCACACAGCACUGGGACGUGGCUAAUGGAGCCUUAAAGAUUCUGGGUAGAGAAGAUGGAAACAAAUGUGCAGGUUUGCGAGGUCUGAGAUGACUUGGGCUUUUCCUGCCUUUUUCUUUUGCUUAAGGGAUGGACAAGGAGCUGAGAUUUAUGACCCUUAUUAAAGAAAAAAAUGUGCCUUGCUAGGGUGGGGACACUUGGUUUAUGCAGUCUCUUUCUCUCUCUCUCUCUCUUUCUCUCAUUCUCUGUGUUUUUUAACAAAACCAAACCAAAAUGAACUGAUGGAUUUCUGAUGGUGGUUGGUGCUGGCGGAUGCUACUUUGCAUGCUUUUUUUCUCUUGCAGGGAAUGUUCUGUUUUGUGCUUUUCCUUGUAGAAGCUACUAAAGGUGUUGGGGAUACUUCUGACUGUUAUGAAGGCCGAAAGGCCUGUUGACUGGGGCUGCUUUUAACCCUUUCAUAUUUGCAGAGAAUGCAACCGCGUGGCAGAAACUGAACACUGGUCCAAAGUCUUUCCAACAGGUCAAGGUUCACAAGGUGGAACUCCGCCGGCAGUAUCUCCCCGAUGCUUGGCUGGGCUGCUCAUUUCUUCUGCGAAUGACUUGAAAUCUGUAAUUGGUUUUUUAACGAACGUCUGAUUAAAUCCAUGACCAUGGGGGAUAUGAAGACCCCAGACUUCGACGACCUCCUGGCAGCGUUUGACAUCCCAGACAUGGUCGACCCCAAAGCUGCCAUCGAGUCCGGACACGACGACCAGGACAGCCACAUCAAGCAGAGCGCGCACGUGGAGGAGGACGCCCACGCGCCGUCCUCCUCCGACGUGGGCGUGAGCGUCAUCGUGAAGAACGUGCGCAACAUCGACGCCUCCGAGGGCGCCGAGAAGGACGGCCACAACCCCACGGGCAACGGCCUGCACAACGGGUUUCUGUCCGCGCCCUCCCUCGACGGCUACGGCAGAGACGGCGCCAAGCCCCUGAAGGGGGACGGGCCUGCCGCAGAGGGGGCGUUGAAGGACGCCGCGUUCAGCCAGUUCAGCCCGAUCUCCAGCGCCGAAGAGUUCGAUGACGACGAGAAGAUAGAGGUGGACGACCCCCCGGAGAAGGAGGAGGUGCGUGCCGGCUUCAGGUCCAACCUGCUGGCGGGGUCGGUGCCCCCGCAGAACUACGAGAAGCUCAAAGCUCUCGGAGGGGAGAACCUGAGCAAAGCCGGAGUCCCGGCGCCGGGCACGACAGAGAAGAACAAAGUGGUUAAGAGAGACACAGAAACCAAUUCUAUAAAUCUCAGCGUUUACGAGCCUUUCAAAGUCAGGAAAGUGGAGGACAAGCUGAAGGACAACUCUGAAAAGGUGCUGGAAAACAGGGUCCACGAGGGGAAGCUGAACCCUGAGAAGAACGACGGCACCCCAGGCGCGCCGCCGUGCAGGACGAAGCCGUCCUCCAAGCUCUCCUCCUGCAUAGCCGCCAUCGCGGCCCUCAGCGCCAGGAAGGCGGCGUCCGACUCCGGGAAGGAGCCGGCCGCCCACUCCCGGGAGCCCUCCCCCUCCCCCAAAGACGCCAGCGACAGCCCCAGGGCUGUUGAGAAGUCUCCCGAACCCCAGAGUCUCAUCGAUGGGACGAAAAAAGCCCCCCUGAAGCAGCCGGACAGCCCCCGGAGCAUCUCCAGCGAGAACAGCAGCAAGGGCUCCCCCUCCUCGCCCGCGGGGUCGACACCAGCCAUCCCCAAAGUCCGCAUAAAAACCAUCAAGACGUCCUCCGGGGAGAUCAAGAGAACCGUGACCAGGGUGUUGCCGGAAGUGGAUCUCGACGCUGGCAAAAAGUCUUCCGAGCAGACGGGGUCAGUGAUGGCCUCCGUGACGUCGCUCCUGUCCUCUCCUGCUUCGGCCGCUGUCCUGUCUUCACCCCCCCGGGCGCCCCUGCAGUCCGCGGUGGUCACCAAUGCGGGGGCCCCUGCAGAGCUGACCCCUAAACAAGUCACUAUCAAGCCUGUGGCCACCGCCUUCCUGCCAGUGUCCGCCGUGAAGACGGCGGGCUCGCAGGUCAUCAAUUUGAAGCUCGCUAACAACACGACAGUCAAAGCCACGGUCAUCUCGGCGGCCUCUGUGCAGAGCGCCAGCAGCGCCAUCAUCAAAGCCGCCAACGCCAUCCAGCAGCAAACCGUCGUGGUGCCCGCCUCCAGCCUGGCCAACGCCAAGCUCGUGCCAAAGACCGUGCACCUCGCCAACCUUAACCUUCUGCCUCAGGGCGCCCAGGCCACUUCUGAGCUCCGCCAAGUGCUAACCAAACCUCAGCAGCAAAUCAAGCAGGCAAUAAUCAACGCGGCGGCCUCGCAGCCCCCCAAAAAGGUGUCUCGGGUCCAGGUGGUGUCCUCCCUGCAGAGUUCCGUGGUAGAAGCUUUCAACAAGGUGCUGAGCAGCGUCAACCCCGUCCCAGUUUACAUCCCUAAUCUCAGCCCUCCUGCCAACGCUGGCAUCACGCUGCCCACCCGGGGGUAUAAGUGCUUGGAGUGCGGCGACUCCUUCGCCUUGGAGAAGAGCCUGACCCAGCACUAUGACCGGCGCAGCGUGCGCAUCGAGGUCACCUGCAACCACUGCACCAAGAACCUGGUUUUCUACAACAAGUGCAGCCUCCUCUCGCACGCCCGGGGGCACAAGGAGAAGGGGGUGGUGAUGCAGUGCUCCCACCUGAUCCUGAAGCCGGUCCCGGCAGAUCAGAUGAUCGUUUCUCCCUCAAGCAAUACUUCUGCUCCCCCCUCCGCUCUCCCGAGCUCUGCAGCAGCUGGCACACACACUGUCGCAAAAAUCCAGUCUGGCAUCACAGGGACGGUCAUUUCGGCUCCGUCGAGCACGCCCAUUGUUCCGGCGAUGCCCCUGGACGAGGACCCGUCCAAGCUCUGUAGGCACAGCCUGAAGUGUCUGGAGUGUAACGAGGUUUUCCAGGACGAGACGUCACUGGCGACCCAUUUCCAGCAGGCUGCAGACACGAGUGGACAAAAGACUUGCACUAUCUGCCAGAUGCUGCUUCCUAACCAGUGCAGCUAUGCGUCCCACCAGAGAAUCCACCAGCACAAAUCUCCCUACACCUGCCCCGAGUGCGGGGCCAUCUGCAGGUCGGUGCACUUCCAGACACACGUCACCAAGAACUGCCUGCACUACACGCGGAGAGUUGGUUUUCGGUGCGUCCACUGCAACGUCGUGUACUCUGACGUGGCCGCCUUGAAGUCGCACAUCCAGGGCUCGCACUGUGAGGUCUUCUACAAGUGUCCUAUCUGUCCCAUGGCGUUUAAGUCGGCCCCAAGCACACAUUCUCAUGCCUACACCCAGCAUCCGGGCAUCAAGAUAGGAGAGCCAAAAAUAAUAUAUAAGUGUUCCAUGUGCGACACGGUAUUCACCCUGCAAACACUGCUGUAUCGUCACUUUGACCAACACAUCGAAAACCAGAAGGUGUCCGUCUUCAAGUGUCCAGACUGUUCUCUUUUAUAUGCACAGAAGCAACUCAUGAUGGACCACAUCAAGUCUAUGCACGGAACGUUGAAAAGCAUUGAAGGACCUCCAAACCUGGGAAUAAACUUACCUUUGAGCAUCAAGCCUGCAACUCAGAAUUCAGCAAAUCAAAACAAAGAGGACACCAGAUCCAUGAAUGGGAAAGAGAAAUUGGAGAAGAAAUCGCCCUCUCCUGUCAAGAAAUCCAUGGAAUCCAAGAAACUGACCAGUCCUGGGUGGACGUGUUGGGAGUGUGACCGCCUGUUCACCCAGCGGGACGUUUACAUUUCCCACGUGAGGAAGGAGCACGGGAAGCAAAUGAAAAAACACCCUUGCCGCCAGUGUGACAAAUCCUUCAGCUCCUCACACAGCCUGUGCCGCCACAACCGCAUCAAGCACAAAGGCAUCAGGAAAGUGUAUACGUGCGCGCACUGUCCAGACUCCAGACGGACCUUCACGAAGCGGUUGAUGCUGGAGAAGCACAUCCAACUCAUGCAUGGUAUUAAGGAUCCUGACUUGAAAGAAAUGACGGAAGCCACCAAUGAGGAGGACACAGAGAUAAAAGAAGAUACCAAGGUUCCGAGCCCCAAGCGGAAGCUGGAAGAACCCGUGUUGGAGUUCCGACCCCCCAGAGGAGCCAUCACCCAGCCCCUGAAAAAACUAAAGAUCAACGUCUUCAAGGUGCACAAGUGCGCCGUGUGCGGCUUCACCACCGAGAACCUGCUGCAGUUCCACGAGCACAUCCCGCAGCACAAGUCGGACGGCUCGUCCCACCAGUGCCGCGAGUGCGGCCUCUGCUACACGUCGCACGUCUCCCUGUCCCGGCACCUGUUCAUCGUGCACAAGCUGAAGGAGCCCCAGCCGGCGGCCAAGCAGAACGGGGCCGGCGAAGACCACCAGCCGGAGAGCAAGCCGGGGCCCGAGGACGCGGCGGACGGCGCGCCGUCGGACCGCAAGUGCAAGGUGUGCGCCAAGACGUUCGAGACGGAGGCCGCCCUAAACGCGCACAUGCGGACGCACGGCAUGGCCUUCAUCAAGUCCAAGAGGGUGAGCUCCGCCGACAAGUAGCCGCGGCCCGCGGCGCUGCGCGAGGCGUUUGUGGCCGGGCUUGGCCGCGCCUGGACCUGGCGGCCGGCGGCUGCCGGGUGUCCGCUCCGUGCCCCUUCCAGCCCGUUGCGUCCUCGAUGCUAAGCGUUAAAGCAGUAUUUGAGUUUAAAAGAGUUUGUAUAUAUUUAAAUGAAUAACUUUUUAUACUCUUUGUUACAUGUUUGUAUCAGUAUUUAGCGGAAAACGUUUCGAGGUUUUGUUGGUUUGGGGGGGAGGGGCUAGACGUUUUCUUUUGUACUGUUUUCUUUAAAACGGAGUUCUUAGUAACCGGGGAAGUUCCUGAAAUCAAAUAAACCAUUUUGUAUGUUACGGAUUUGAAUGGGUUAACUAAUUACAGGCCAAGAGAAUGCCUUUUUUAGUGUUUUUAAUUUUUAGAAUUCACUACAUCAAUUGUAGAUUACCGCGGGUCUCCCGCACUCUGGGGACUCCUAAGUGUCUUAGCGCCACCCUCAACGUGCCUGCUCCCUGCCGGGGGCGCACACUUCACCGGGCCGCCCGGCCUGCCGGCCCGGGCUGGAGGGGGCGCUCCGGGCCGCCAUCAGGUAGCUCUGUCCGCUGCGCGGGUGACAACUUCGGCCAGAAGGGAGUGUGGAUUCCCUUAACUCCCCUCAGAACCGGCGGCGAGUGGGGUGCCCUCCAGGGGAGAGCCGGGGGGCUGCUGGCCCCCGGCACAGUGGUCAGCCUGGCGUCCGGGGCCCCAGGAGGCCCGGUCAGGAAGGGCCAGGCUGCCACAGAGGAUGCACGGGCGGUAGACCAGUGGAUUCCUGGUAGCCAAGCUUCUGUCGUGUCACCUAGUAACCAUAACAGAGACACAACUAAAAAUAUCUAGUAAUUCUCUGGCUCUUGACAGGAAAAAAAAAAAAAAAAAACAUUCACAGUUGACUUAACCCUUUGCUGUCUGAAGAGUUGGCGUUUCCUGUUCUGGGUGCUACCGCCAAAUGUCCUGGUACUUAGAGUUGGAUGCACAACUCAACGCCGACUUCUCAGCGAGCUGCCUGCAGCGUGGCGGCCCUGGGGUUAAGCGCCGAGCCGCCGGAGCCGCAGCUAGGUCGGCGCUUUAAUAAGUAUUUCUAACAGCAGUAGUUCUGCCUCGCCCGGGCGCAGCCGGGGUCGCUCCUGGCCCUUCCGUUCAUGGUCCUCUGGGAGAGUGCUAUAUUUUGGUUUGCGUUUUCGUUUGCAUUUUAUAUCUUGUAUUUAUCCCCAAACAGGUUUUGUACUUUUUCUUUUUCUUUUUCUUUUUUUAAAGAAAACCUUUUGUGUAUAUAUAGAUACUUGCAUGGUAGACGUAGCCAACGUUCGGUUCCUCGAAAGGUCUUGCUGCUGUCAGGUGUAGGCUCUACAUCCAUUACUGUAUUAAAUACGUUUCGUAUGUAAAUAAACGUGGGACGCUGGCCCCCCGAGCUGCUGGGAGAGAGUCACUGACGGUGGGUCUCUGACGUCUUCAUUACGUUUAGGAAAUGAUUCAUUGCAGGGACAGGCUCCAGGAUGUUGCAGAACUCUUCCCACUCAGAACGGCCUCUUCGUUCUCAUCCGUCAUCAGCCAUUUGAUCACUUUCUUGUUGACUCCAGCCGUUCGUCGGUGCAGUCCAAGGGUGUGAUUGAGUUUUCCUCAACUUGAAGUUCAAUUGCUGUUACUUGUUAUAUUUAUACUUGUAUUGCUCUUAAGUUGUAUUCAUGGCACUUUCAUAUGUUUCUGCAUUGGAACCUUGCAAUAAACCUGUGUGGUGGGC